AAGAGUCUCACUCUGUCGCCCAGGCUGGAGUGCAGUGGUGCGAUCUCGGCUCAUUGCAGCUUCCGUCUCCCGGGUUCAAGCGAUUCUCCUGCCUCAGUGUCGGAGUAGCUGGAAUUACAGACCCACACCACCACACCCGGUUGCAGAUGGCGCCGCCGAUAUGCUGUCUGAUUACGACCCAGUCAAGAAAGGACAAGCCCCUCCUCUGCCCUAGGACCUGGAUAAGCCAUUUCUCGUCACCCCGCACCCCGGAGCUUCGCCUUUCUGCCAAGAGGUUGGUGCAAUGCGUCCCCAGGCCGGACCUCAGGAUGCAUGAAAACUACAUUACCCAGAAUGCUCUGCAUCGAACGGCAGCACUACUAAGCCAGUGAGAGCUCAGAAAAUAGACUUCCACGACAGUCACCAAAAAAGGGCGGGACGUUUGGAGUCUGCGUGGUGGCGGCCAUUUUGGCUUCUCUGGGGUGUCUUCGCCGGAUCUGAGAUCGCAGAGCGCCUAGUUGGGGCUACGAGGGCGUGAGGGGAGUCGUCGUCCCUCCCGCACGGAAGCAUCGGAGCCUUGGUGACCCACGCCAGGCCUGGGAUAGCCACCGCCGUGCUUGGGUCCCUCCCCUGAGCGCCCGCCGCUCCCGGCCCGUCUCUACCCACAGAGCCUGAUGGCAGCGGCCACUCCGAGGGCGCCAGCUCCGGGCACUGUGACCUUUGAAGAUGUGGCUGUUCACUUCUCCUGGGAGGAAUGGGGUCUCCUUGAUGAGGCUCAAAGAUGCCUGUACCGUGAUGUGAUGCUGGAGAACUUGGCUCUUUUAACCUCCCUGGAUGUUCAUUACCAGAAAGAGAACCUUGGAGAAAAACAUUUCAGAAGCAAUGUGGACCAAGCCUUGUUUGUGAACACCUGCAUAUUCCAUGUGUCAGGGGAGACUUCCACAUGCGUAGAAGUUGGGAAGGACUUCCUGGCCAAGUUGGGAUUUCUCCAUCAACAGGACACUCACACUGGGGAGCAAUCAAACAGCAGAAGCGGUGGUGGGGCUGUCAGCCACAGAGGAAAAACUCAUUACAGUUGUGGAGAAUGCAUCAAAGCGUUCAGCCGGAAACACUCACUUGUUCAGCCGCAGAGAACUCUCACUACAGGAAAGUGUUACAUGUGCGGUGAAUGUGGGAAAUCCUUUAGCAAAAAUUACAGCCUCAAUGACCACUGGAGAGUUCACACUGGAGAAAAGCCUUAUGAAUGUCAAGAGUGUGGAAAGUGCUUUAGGCAAAGCUCUAGUCUCAUUCAGCACCGGAGAGUUCACACUGCAGUACGGCCUCACGAAUGUGGUGAAUGUGGAAAAUUAUUUAGCAACAAGUCCAACCUCAUUAAACAUCGGAGAGUUCACACCGGGGAAAGGCCGUAUGAGUGCAGUGAAUGUGGGAAAUCCUUUAGCCAAAGGUCUGCACUCCUUCAGCAUCGAGGAGUUCACACCGGGGAGAGGCCUUAUGAGUGCAGUGAAUGUGGGAAGUUCUUUACAUAUCAUUCCAGUCUCAUAAAGCACCAGAAAGUUCAUAGUGGAUCAAGACCUUAUGAGUGCAGCAAAUGUGGGAAGUCAUUUAGCCAAAACUCUAGCCUCAUUGAACACCAUAGAGUUCACACUGGAGAAAGGCCUUAUAAGUGCAGUGAAUGUGGGAAAUCCUUUAGCCAAAGGUCUGCACUCCUUCAGCAUCGGGGAGUUCACACUGGGGAGAGGCCUUAUGAGUGCAGUGAAUGUGGGAAGUUCUUUCCCUACAGCUCCAGUCUCCGAAAACACCAGAGAGUUCACACUGGAUCAAGGCCCUAUGAGUGCAGUGAAUGUGGGAAAUCCUUUACUCAAAAUUCUGGCCUCAUAAAGCACAGGAGGGUUCACACUGGGGAGAAGCCUUAUGAGUGCACUGAAUGUGGGAAAUACUUUAGCCAUAACUCAAGCCUUAUUAAACACCGGAAAGUUCAUAGUCGAUAAAAGCCUUAUGAGUGGCAAGUAUGGAAAAGCUGUUAGCACCCUGGAGAAAGUCCUUGAGUACAGUUAAUGUUAGAAAGCUUCAGCUGAAGGCUGUCUCUCAUUGAGUACCACAGAGUUCACAAGGGAAAGACACUUUUGAUAUGUGGACAUGUCCAGUUGCUAUAACAGCUCUGAAGGAGAUCCCUUAUGAUGCUGGCAUCAGCCUGAAUUGAAUCUCCUAUAUCUGAACAUCUGCAUACAUUCCAGGUAUGUGGGAGCUGCACUGCACCUUUUGCCCUGCCCAGGGCCCAUGCCAGAUUUAUGUCUGCUGAUUCUGUAGUGAGAGCCAUUUUACCUCUACUGCCUGGCACGUGUUCACAGUGUACACCAUUCACCCACCACAGAGUAUUCAGGCCAUGGACCUGAUCCAGUUUGGCCCAGAGGACUCUGUGGGUGACGUAUUUCAGGACAUUGUUGGCCUCGCAUGACUCUUGGUAUCGUUUGUCAGCCUCGGAAUCACCAACCAUGGGAGCCACCUGCCUCUGACUGCCCUGGGACAGAUGAAACAAGAACCACCAGGAACUGCUUGACAGUUUGUGAUGAAAAGAAGAAAAAAAGAACGACCAUAAAUAAUAAAUGCACCACUGCAUUCCAACCUGGGAGACAGAGUGAGACCCUGUGCGAAGAAAAGAUAAACGGUGGAAGAUUGGGACAGGGUUCAUCAAGGUUUCAUAACAAUGUCUUCCAUUUAUGGACAUAUUUGAAAAUAGGCAGAAUAUGUCCUAAUAUUUAUCUUAGAAAAGGCAGAGUAUGUCCUAUGCUGCAAAGGAUAAAUUGAAAAGGACUUGAAGAAACACUUCAUUUUGGGGACGUAAGAUGUAUAAAAACAAAUAUAUAUGUACAUAUUUUUAUUUCUUUGAGACAGAGUUUUUCUCUUGCUGCCCAGGCUGGAGUGCGAUGGUAAGUCAUCGGCUCACCGCAACCUCGACCUCCCGAGUUCAAGUGAUUUUCCUGCCUUAGCCUCCUGAGUAGCUGGGAUUACAGGCAUGUGCCAGCAUACCUGGCUUAUUUUGUAUUUUUCAUAGAGAUGAGGUUUCCCCAUGUUGGUCAAGCUGAUCUUGAAAUCCUGACCUCAGAUAAUCCACUGGCGUAUGCUUAGUCUCCUACCGCACCCAGCCAUAUAUUUUAAAAAUAAACAAUCCGUUCUAAGGUUAAGGAUAAAAAACCCGUGCAACUUAAGUCAAUUACAUCUCAAUAAAGCUGUUAAAAAAAUAAAUAUUUAAAACUUGCCACUUCCUGAUCAUUUUACUUUUUUUUGUUUGUUUUUGAGACGGAGUUUCGCUCUUGUUACCCAGGCUGGAGUGCAAUGGCGCGAUCUCGGCUCACGGCAACCUCCGCCUCCUGGGUUCAGGCAAUUCUCCUGCCUCAGCCUCCUGAGUAGCUGGGAUUACAGGCACGCGCCACCAUGCCCGGCUAAUUUUUGUAUUUUUAGUAGAAACGGGGUUUCACCAUGUUGACCAGGAUGGUCUUGAUCUGUUGACCUCGUGAUCCACCCGCCUCGGCCUCCCAAAGUGCUGGCAUUACAGGCUUGAGCCACCGCGCCCGGCCAUUUUACGUUUUAUUGUCAUCUUUAUUCUUCUGAUUAUCUGUGGAUACUCUACCAGUAUAUCGGAAACAGAAUACAAAGGUGUGUUACCAGAAACUCUUCCCAACUCCAGGUUCAGUGACAUCAUUUUGGCAGCUUGAAAUUGACCACAGCUGGGGCUGGGAGAGUAGGGUGACCUUGGCCUUGUGGAUCCAUGGCCUGAGGCGGGUAAGAGGCUUGGGGGUGAGUAUGGGUGAGGUCAUAGAAAGGAGGGAGGAGUGAUGGCCGGAAGCAACAGUGCGACUGUAUGCUUAGCUGAGGAGUGGUACUGCUGACAGAAGGCGUGAACAAUUUUACCAAAGUGAGCUCUUGUUCAUGCUGCCCACAGGUCACUCCAAAACUCCUGUUUCACACUUUGUGCAGACAAACCUUCCAGAACUGCAGGAUGCACUUGAACGCCAGUGCUGGGACUCGGCUUCCUUACUUCCCUCCUUUACAUAGUUUUUAUAAGUGUUUCGUCGGAGCCUCUUAUACUAUGCUCUUCCUAGGAACUGGGCACACAGUGAAUAGGAAAAAAGGCCUUGGUUUCCUCAAAGCUUAGAAUCUCGUAGGGAAGAUGGAAGAUUUAAUAAGCAGUUUUAAUAAAAUGCUAACACUAAGUAGGCACUCAGUAAACGUUUGCUUAAUAAAACCAAAAGUAUGGCUGAACAUAUACCUCUAUGUAUAUAGUUCUGACUUUUAUAACCACGCCCUAUCUAAAAUCACCAAGUAAGGGUAGACAGAAAACCAAAAAGAAUAUAACACGAGCAUUUACAUUAAGGAAACUGGCAAAGACUACAAACCUAGUUUUAAUUUAAUACAUUAUCGAAUGCUUAGAUUUAAGAAAGUUGGCCAGGCGCAGUGGCACACGCCUAAUAUCCCAGCGCUUUGGGAAGCCGAGGCGGCUGGAUCACGAGGUCAAGAGAUCGAGACCAUCCUGGUCAACAAGGUGAGACCCUGUCUCUACUAAAAAUACAAAAAUUAGCUGGGCACGGUGGCGCGCGCCUGUAGUCCCAGCUACUCAGGAGGCUGAGGCAGGAGAAUUGCUUGAACCCAGGAGGCAGAGGUUGCGGUGAGCCGAGGUCACGCCAUUGCACUCCAGCCUGGGUAACAAGAGCAAAACUCCGUCUCAAAAAAAAAAAAAAAAAAAAAAAAAAGAAAGAAAGUGACAGAGAACAUGUUAAUGCAGAUUAAAAAUAAAAAUGUAUAGAGAAUAUGGGCAUUACAUUAUGCACAAAAAGACUGUGAAAAAGACCAGGUGCGGAGGCUAAUGCUCUGUUAUCUCAGCACUAUUGGAGGCAGAGGUGGGAAAAAUUCUUAAGGCCAGGAGUUAGAAACUAGCCUAGGAGACCCUGUCUAUAUACACACACACACACACACACACACACACACACACACCACACAUUCUUACAUGGGUGGUGAGGAAUUUUUAAAAGAAAAUUACUAACUAGUAACGCUACCCACUAACCGAAGCUAAAGAUUUAAACAUAAGACCUAACACCAUAAAAAGCCUAGAAGGAAACCUAGGCAAAACAAACUAUCAUUAGAGUGAACUGGCAACCAACAGAAUGGGAAAAAAUUUUUGCAAUCUACCCAUCUGACAAAGGGCUAAUAUCCAGAAUCUACAAAGAACUUAAACAAAUUUACAGGAAAAAAACAACCCCAUCAAAAACUGAGCGAAGGAUAUGAAAAGUCAUUUUUUAAAAGAAGGCAUUUAUGCAGUCAACAAACAUAUGAAAAAAGCUCAUCACUGCUCAUUAGAGAAACAAAUCAAAACCACAUUGAGAUAGCAUCUCACACUAGUUAGCAUGGUGAUCAUUAAAAAAAUCAGGCAACAACAGAUGCUGGAGAGGAUGUGGAGAAAUAGGAACAAUUGUACACUGUUGGUGAAAGUGUAAAUUAGUUCAACCAUUGUGGAAGACAGUGUGAUGAUUCCUCAAGGAUGUAGAGAUAGAAAUUCCAUUUGACCCAGCAAUCCCAUUACUGGGUAUAUACCCGAAGGAUUAUAAAUCAUUCUAUUAUAAAGACAUGAGGCUGGGCGUGGUGGCCCAAGCCUGUAAUCCCAGCACUUUGGGAGGCCGAGGCAGGUGGAUCAUGAGGUCAAGAGAUCGAGACCAUCCUGGUCAACAUGGUGAAACCCCGUCUCUACUAAAAACACCAAAAAUUAGCUGGGCUUGGUAGCGCGUGCCUGUAAUCCCAGCUACUCAGGAGGCUGAGGCAGGAGAAUUGCCUGAACCCAGGAGGCGGAGGUUGUGGUGAGCCGAGAUCGCGCCAUUGCACUCCAGCCUGGGUAACAAGAGCGAAACUCCGUCUCAAAAAAAAAAAGGCACGUGCACACAUGCGGCACUGUUUACAACAGCAAAGACUGGGAACCAACCCAAAUGCCCAUCAAAGAUAGACUGGAUAAAAAGAAAAUGUGGCACAUAUACAACAUGGAACACUAUGCAGCCAUCAAAAAGGAUGUUCAUGUCCUUUGAAGGGAUAUGGGUAAAGUUGGAAACCAUCAUUCUCAGCAAACUGACACCAGAACAGAAAACCAAACACAUCAUGUUCUCACUCAUAGUAGGUAUUAAAUAAUGAGAACACAUGGACACAGGGAGAUGAACAUCUCACACAAGGGCCUGUCAGGGGGUGGGACACCAGAGGCAGGAUAGCAGGGGGUAGAAAAUUGGGGAGGGAUAGCAUUACGAGAAAUAUCUAAUGUGGACGACAGGGAAUGGAUGCAGCAAACCAUCAUGGCACGUGUACACCUAUGUAACAAACCUGCACAUUCUGCACAUAUACCCCAGAAGUAUAAUAAUAAUUUUAAAAAAUUAAAAAUUUGGGCGAGGCAUGGUAGUUCACACCUGUAAUCCCAACACUUUUGGAGGCAAAGGCGUUUGAGACCAGCCCGGCCAACAGAGCAAAACCCUGUCGGUUCUAAAAAUACAAAAAUGAGUUGGGUGUGGUGGUGUACACCUGUAGUCCCAGCUACUUGGGAGGCUGAGGCAUGAGAAUGGCUUGAAUCUGGGAGGCGGAGGUUGCUGUGAGCCGAGAUUGCGCCACUACACUCCAGACUGGGCAACAGAGCAAGACUCUGUCUCAAAAUGAGAACAAAAUUGAGGGCCAAGCAUGGUGGCUCAUAUCUGUAAUCCCAGCACUUUGGGAGACCAACACGGGAGGAUCUCGAGUCCAGGAGUUCAAGACCAGCCUGCGCAAAAUGGGAAAACCCCAUCUGUACGAAAACAAUUAGCCAGGCAAAGUUAGCCACACAGCUGUAGUCCCAGCUACUUGGGAGGCUGAGGCAGUAGAAUCCCCUGAGCCUGGGAUGUUGAAGCUGUAGUGAGCCAUGAUAGUACCACAACACUCUGUCUGAGCAACAGGGUGAGACCCAAUGUCAAAAAAAAAAAAAAAAAGAAAAAGAAAAAAUUUCCUCUGAUAGAAAAAGACUUGUUAAACACAACAAAAAACUGUAUCAUAGAAUAAUGAGGAAAAUUCCAACAUGUCUUUAUUACUAAAGAUAGUUAUUUGGCACUGUUUUUAAAAUAUAAACUCAUCUAAAAAAAAGCAGGGGAAGGCCAGGCACGGUGGCUCACGCCUAUAAUCGCAGCACUUUGGGAGGCCGAGGCGGCAGAUCAUGAGGUCAAGAGAUCGAGACCAUCCUGGUCAACAUGGUGAAACCCCGUCUCUACUAAAAAUACAAAAAUUAGCUGGGCAUGGUGGCGCGUGCCUGUAAUCCCAGCUACUGGGGAGGCUGAGACAGGAGAAUUGCCUGAACCCAGGAGGCGGAGGUUGUGGUGAGCCGAGAUCGCGCCAUUGCACUCCAGCCUGGGUAACAAGAGCGAAACUCCGUCUCAAAAAAAAAAAAAAAAAAGCAGGGAAAAAAUAUGAACAGAUAUUUUAUGAAAGGUACACAGGUGGCAACUAAAAACAUUAAAAAAUGUUUAACAUAAUGAAGUUUUAGGAAAAUGCAAUGAAAAUCACAGUGAGAUACCACUACUCAUAUAUUAAAAGAGCUGAAAUAAAAAAGAGUGGCCACAUGAAGCUCUGGCAGGGAUGUAGAGGAACUGGAACUCUCAGAUGCCCUUGGUGGGAAUGCAAAGGAAACAUCCAUUUAGAUCAGUUUGGCAUUUCUUAAAAUGUUAGAUAUUCACCUACGUUGUAACUAAGACAUGACAGUUUGAGUUAUUAACAUAGAGAAAAUAAAACAUGUCCAUAUAAAGAACUGAAUGCAAGUAGUUAUAGCCGCUUUAUUUGUAAUAUACAAAAAUCUGUAAAUAACAUAAAUGUCCCUAAACACAUAAACAGUGACUUAUCCACAGAACAGCAUGAUACUCAGCAACACAAAUAUUCAUCAUUGUUGAAUCUCAAAAUAAUUAUACAGCAUGAAGAAAACCAGUAAGAAAAAAAGUCUGUGUGUGUGUGUAUGUAUGUAUGUAUAUAUAUAAAAUUUAAAAUUCCAGAAAAUGCCAACUAAUUUACUGUAAAGGAAAUCAGUUGAUCCCGGAAGAGCUGGGGAAGGCAGAAAGAGAUUAGAAAAGGAUACAAGGAAAAUAUAUGGGUGACAGAUAAAUUCAUUUUCAUGGUUGUGAUGAUGGUUUCAUGGCUUUACCAAAACUGUACAUUUUGGAUACCUGUACUUUGUUGUAUGUCAGUUGUAGAAAUUAGACUAACUUCACAAAGCUUUAAAAAGUGGUUCAAAAUUAAGAGCCUAGAUGUUCCACUUUCUUUUUCUGAAAGUCAGGUUGGUAACCUGAUACAGACUCCACCAUCUCUCUGUCUCCUCAUGCGCUGAGAGAGGCAACCGUGCCUCAGGGGCAGAAAAUUCUGGCAAGCACUGAAGGCUGUUGCCACCUGAAUUAAUAGGAAAAUGUUGGCUGAGUCACAAAGUCACAUCCCUGAACUGCAGAA